AUGUGUGUGCUUUGGCAGGUGGUGUCUGAGUGGACCUUCAACAAGGACGGGGUGGACAUACCACAGGCCGACAUUGCCAACGACCACAAGGCGGCCCAGCUGGAGGACGUCAACACAUUUCUGGGGCUGGACGCUAACAGGCUGUGCCGCUGGGAUAUGCGCGAUCGACGGGGCGUCGUGCAGGAGUCCCCCGCCCUGGACUGGAAGGGCGGGAAGGACUUCUCGCGCGGCACCAACUUCAGCUGCAUGGCCACCAGUGGCCUGGGCUACGUGGUGGUGGGCUCCAAGGACGGCAAGCUGCGGCUGUACAACAACAAAACACUCACGCAGGCCAAGACACAGAUCCCGGGCCUGGGCAAGCCCAUCACGGGGGUGGACGUCACCUAUGACGGCUCCUACGUCCUGGCCACCACCGACGAUUACAUAAUGGUCGUCAAGACGACCGUGACAGACGCCAGCAGCGGCAAGGAGCUGUGCGGCUUCCAGGACCGUGUGGGGGGCCGCCUGGCCACGCCGCGCCUGCUGCGCCUGAAGCCUGAGGACGUGCUGGUCACGGGAGGCAAGCCCCUGCGCGGCGCCAAGUUCACAUGGGUGGGCAGCGGCCCCUGCAGGACGGGGUUGCAGCCGGGAGCGUGUGUGUAG